AUUUUUAUUUUCUCUUUCGAGCUCAAACAAGAAAGAGACUCGAAAGAGCCCUAGAAAAGGCUGCCUCUUCUCUUUCCUCUUCAUUUCUCCCCUCUUUGAAAUCCCUACGUGCCAAACUUAAUCUGUUUGUAUGUUUUUAAGAAAAAAUUUCGAUUUCGUUUAAAGGAUCUUAGCCCCCAAUUCAAAUCGGAAGUCACUUUGUUUUUUCUAUCGAAGCCUCGAAGUUGAAGUUGCUGUUUCUGCCUUUUCCAAGGUCCAGUCAUUUAGCAUUACGGUUGGUACAUUAGAGAUUUCAUCAUGCCAAAGGAGAGAAGAGAUCGAUCCGUGUCUUUUGAUAGGUAUAGGAGAUCUCCCUUUUCAUGUAGCACCAGCUGUAGUCGCCGAUGUUCGCCAAAACUCCCUUCAGAAACUGAGGAGAAUCUAAAGGAAUGGGAAGAAGCCAGGUGCCCUGUCUGCAUGGAGCAUCCUCACAAUGCAAUUCUCCUCAUAUGUUCUUCCCAUGAGAAGGGCUGCCAUCCAUACAUGUGCGAUACAAGUUAUCGCCACUCUAACUGUUUUGAUCAGUUUCGCAAGUCAUUUGCAGAUAGCUCAGCAACAACACCACAAGAUCCUCAACAAGAAGGAGCCCAACUUGCAACCACAAACUUAUCACCAGCUCCAGCUGCAACUGCAACUUCAGACUCAACUGUCACUGAUUUGCAGGAAGAAAGAAGUGAGGAAGUUUCUGCAAGAAGUGAGGAAGGGCCCUCCACCCCAUCAACUGUCUCAUGUGAGAAUCAGGUUCUGUCAAAACUAGUGUGCCCUCUAUGUCGUGGUGAGAUAAAAGAUUGGGUUGUUGUAGAGCCUGCCCGUCAUUUCAUGAAUGCCAAAUCUAGAAGCUGUUCCUCUGAGACAUGUAAUUUUACUGGUGCCUAUAAAGACCUGAGGAAGCAUGCAAGGCUUGAGCACCCUUCUGUGCGUCCAACAGAGGCGGACCCUGAGCGACAGCGAAAUUGGAGGAGGUUGGAGCGCCAGAGAGAUCUUGGGGACUUGCUCAGCACACUUCAAUCUUCAUUUGGGGAGGAGAGGGCUGAUGACAGCAAUUCGCCAAUUGAUGAUGGAAGUUUGCUCACUGUAUUUUUCCUUUUUCGAGUGUUUCGACCAGGGUCUAGUCCUAGGAGCAGCAGCUGGUCUGGCACCUCAAGGGCGGGAGCUCAUAUGAGUAUUAGGAGGACAUCUACCAGACAUUGGGGGGAAAGCUAUGAUGGGGACACUGGAUCAACCAGAGACGAGGACAAUGAGUCUUCAGAUGGUGGUUCAUUUCCUUGGAGGCUCCGUGUAAGGCGAUGGACAACUCCUGACAAUCAACCAUAACUGUAAUUGUAUCUUUAAAGGGAUCUGUUUAUUGUUUGAAUGUGAAAGUUUAAAUCAUAGGACGGAGAGGAUUUGAUGUGUAUUGGUAGAGCGUCUGUAUCUGUUCCGCAUAGCGUGGAACAAAUUUGGUCCGAGUUGUUGGAUGGUAUUAAAUGAGUGAAGUAAAAUCUUAAUGUAUCUGGGAACUUAAAUCAAUCAGUAUUACUUUUUCUUGCGCAGCAAUUUCAUAUUCUGUCUUUUGUGGCUGCAAUAAUCUCAAGGUUUUCCUUUGAACCGUUGAGGGAUAGUUGUUUCUUCUGGUUCUUUUGAGAACUGGGAUGAUGUUCAGGGCAUGUUUGGUCGGGGAGAAUUAUUUUUAUUCUUGAAAGGAAGUUAUAUUUAGUUCAAUGAAAUGGUUAUUUUUCAGAAUAA